AUGGCAGAGCACACGCUCUUCUACAACAAACCGGCCAACCUUUGGGAUGAUGCCACACCAAUCGGCAAUGGACGGCUGGGUGCCAUGGUACGUGGGACCACCGAUGUUGAACGGCUGUGGAUCAACGAAGACUCGGUCUGGUAUGGAGGCCCCCAAAACCGUUUGAACCCGGCUGCCCGCGAUGCUCUGCCCAAAGUCCGCGAGCUCAUUGAUCAAAAUCGUAUACGCGAGGCCGAGCAGCUCAUCAAAAAGAUCCAGACCGCCCGGCCUCGGUCUCUGCGUCACUAUGAGCCCUUGGGCGACGUCUUUCUCACAUUCGGUCACGGCCAAGACCCCCCCGGCGAUGAGGUUCGCGUCUCGGGCAUAGUCAACUUUGAGAACAGCUUCAGUCGCGACCUGAACCGCUCUCCGCAAAACUACCGCCGCGAGCUUGACCUCCGCACAGGAAUAUCCUCGGUUUCGUACGACUUUGGCGGUGCACACUACGAGCGGCAGGUUUUCUCGAGCACCGUCGACGAGGUCAUCGCCAUUAGCGUCAGCUCGGAAGGCGAGUAUUCUUUCCAAAUCGAUCUCAACCGUGGCGAUCACCCGGAAUGGGACCGUCGGCUCAACCAACGCUACGACAGCCUCGAAGAAAUCGAUGGCGGGCACAUGAUCACCGGCUCCAUGGGAUCAAAAGGGGCCGUCGAGUUCGCCAUGGGCGUUCGCGUCAUUGCCGAUCCCGGCGAUGGCGAGGUUCAGGUUGAUAACACGGGCUACAAUGUAGUCGUCAAUGCCAAGGACCGAGUCAUCGUCCUCGUCUCGGGCGAAACCACCUUCCGCAACCCUAACGCCGGUGAAGCCGUCCAGAACCGGCUUGCAACUGCAUCGAUGAAAUCCUGGAACGACCUGAAGUCAGCACACGUCGAGAGGUUCUCGGCUUUAUACGACAGGGUCGAGCUCCAACUUCCUGGUAGCGGCGAUAAAACUGCAGUCCCUAUCGACCAGCGCAUCCAGGCCGUCAAGCAGGGCGCAGUAGACAACGGGCUAGCCCAGCUAUUGUUCCACUUUGGGCGAUAUCUCCUCAUCAGCUGUUCGCUUUCAGGCCUGCCCGCAAAUCUACAGGGCAUCUGGAACCGCGACCAUAUGCCGGUAUGGGGUUCCAAGUACACGAUCAACAUCAAUAUCCAGAUGAACUAUUGGCCUGCCGAGGUCGCGAACCUAGCCGAAACGCACGACGUCCUGUUCCGCUUCCUCGAGCGGACCGCCGAGCGUGGCGCCGAGACGGCAAAGGCAAUGUACGGCUGUCGUGGUUGGGUUAUGCACCACAACACCGACAUCUGGGCCGACACUGCACCCCAGGAUGAUGGCGUGCAGUGCACCUAUUGGACGCUUUCAGGCGCCUGGUUUAUGAUACAUCUGUGGGAACAUUACCGCUUCGGUCGUGAUAAAGACUUUCUCCGCAGGGUGUACCCUUUGAUGGCCGGGUCUGCAUUGUUCUUCCAGGACUUCCUGGUCGAGCGUGACGGCAAACUCAUCACCAGUCCCAGCUCCUCGGCAGAGAACAGCUACUACAUACUCGGGACCAAGACGGUUGCAUCCAUCGCUGCGGGCCCCGCAUGGGACGGACAGAUCCUUACGGAUCUCUUCCGGGCGGUCGUCGAGGCUGGGAAGCUGCUCGGAGAGGACACGUCCGAAUUUGAGAAAGUCCUUGCAAAGCUACCGACCCCGCAGAUCGGCAAGCAUGGCCAAGUCAUGGAGUGGAAGGACGACGUAGAAGAAGCCGAACCGGGCCACAGGCACAUAUCUCACCUUUGGGGUCUGUUCCCGGGCAACACACUCAACACCCCAGAGCUCCACGAUGCAGCCAAGGUGACUCUCCAACGCCGUCUCGCAGGCGGCGGUGGCCACACUUCGUGGAGUCUAGCAUGGAUCCUAUGCCAAUACGCGCGCCUACGUGACACCGAGGGUACCCACGCAGGCAUCCAGAAGAUGAUAGGAGACUUGUUGCUCAACAGCAUGCUAACGAGUCAUCCUCCCUUUCAGAUCGACGGCAACUUUGGUUUCGCUGCCGCAGUAGCAGAGAUGUUGCUCCAGAGCCAAGUCGAUGACGGGACCGGCAGUGGCAACACUAUCAUUGACCUCAUCCCUACUCUCCUUCCCGCCUGGGAACAGCGAGGUGGGGUUCGCGGUUUAAGAGCUCGCGGUGCUGUGGAGAUACAGAAAAUUAGAUGGGAGGAUGGUAAGCUUGUUGAGGCUGUUGCGGUUUCUAAAGCUACUGAGCCCCAAACUCGUGUCUUCCGAGUCGCCCAAAACAGACUUAAGCAGGGUAGCAAGAGCGAUGGCACAAUCAGUGUCGAUCUGGUGCCAGGAAAAGCGGUGACUUUGUCAUUCUAA